AUGGAUGGCGGAUCAAGCAUGACUGUUGGCGGGAGGACGGCGAGCCUGUAUGUGGCCGCCGCCGCCGUCCGGCUCUUCCUCUUUACCUUUUUUCCCCGGCUGCCUGACCUUUUGACUGGACGUGUUGAGAUCUCCACGCCGGUGACCAGCUUCAAGCGAUUGCAAGAGGGUCUCUUCCUCUACAACCACAACGUGUCGCCCUACGAUGGCGGCGUCUACCACCAGGCGCCGCUUCUGCUGCCGCUCUUCUCUUUGCUCCCGAGCGUCAAGACGCUUCCGAUCUUCACCGACCUUCUCUACAUUGUCGUCGAUCUGCUGUGUGCCAGUGCGCUCUACUCGAUUGCCGAGUCUGGCGAGGCCGGCGCUUCGGCACGGUUCAAGUCGCCGCGUCGGGACAAGCGAUGGAGUGGAUUUGUGAUUGCAGCAGUUUUCCUCUUCAACCCCUUCACCAUCGCAACGUGCGUCGGUCGCUCGACCACCGUCUUCUCCACCUGCGCCAUUCUCUACGCCAUCGCCAGGGCUAUUGCAGGUGCUCCCAUCAGCGCCAUGGUCUCGCUCUCUUUCGCCGCCUAUCUGUCCAUGUACCCCCUCCUACUACUACCACCACUCGUUCUGCUUGCCUUUGACCGCCAGCGGCCUUCCCAGCACGCAAUCUCCUCGCUGUUGCCGUUUGCCACCACCCUCGUGCUGGCCGUGGCCGGCUGCCUCGCCGCCCUGCUCGCCAUGUCCUACUUCCUCACCGACCACUCCUGGGAAUUCCUGAGCUCGACGUAUGGCGUGCAGCUGACGCUGUCGGACCUGGCGCCCAACGUUGGCCUCUGGUGGUACUUUUUCAUCCAGAUGUUCGACCCGUUCCGCUCCUUCUUUGUCGCCGUCUUCUGGCUGCACCUCUCCAGCUAUGUCGGUGGCCUCUCGAUUCGCAUCCGCAGCCAACCACUCGUCGUGCUGACGCUGCUGUGCGGCAUCUUUGCCAUUUUCAAGCCGUAUCCCGGCAUCGGCGACACUGGCCUCUUCCUUGCCCUCGUGCCGCUCUUCCGCCACGUCUUCCCCCUGAUGCGCUACACCUUCUUCGUCGCUGCCACCAUCAUGUACGCCAGCUUCCUCGGCCCGGCCUUCUACCAUCUCUGGAUCUACGCCGGCAGCGGAAACGCAAACUUCUUCUACGCCAUCACGCUCGUCUGGAGCCUCGGCCAGAGCCUGCUGGUGUCGGACCUGACCUUUGCCAUCCUGCGCGACGAGUGGGAGGUCGAGCGGCCCGAGAUGGUCGGCAAGGAGAUCCGCCAGAUCUAG